AACUGCAGUACUUGAUGUCAAUCCCACAGUGCAUUGCUGCUAUUAAUGCCUUAGUGAAGUAAUGGUGACUAAGCUCCUUGGUUGCUAAGAGAUGGCUGACUGAAGAGGGGUCAGAGUCCAGCUGUAAUUACCAUGAACACAUUGAGGAAGUCUGCUUCACACCGAGCCCCCUGUCUCUGAGCACCUCGUCUGACCAGACAUGAUGUUCGGCCGCCUGCUGCUUGCCUGUGUGAUUUUAACCCCGGCGGAUCCAGUUCAGGCUACCUACAGACUUUUUCAGGUUCCAGAAGAAGCACAUUUUGCAGAGACGUUUGACUCAGAUCCUCUAGACAGGAGAUGGGUCCAGUCCAAGGCUGUGAAAGAGACAAAUGCUGAGGCUCUCAAAUAUGAUGGCCAAUGGGUGGUGGAAGAGUCAGCGGCUGCAAUGUAUCCUGGGAACAGAGCACUGGUGAUGAAGUCAUCCGGACGACACCAUGCCAUCGCUGCCUACCUACACACACCCUUCACCUUCAUCCACACACCGCUCUGCCUGCAGUAUGAGGUGAGGUUCGGGAGAGAUGUAGAGUGCAGUGGAGCCUACAUCAAACUCCUGUCUCAGACCCAUCUGCUACGACUGAGCCAGUUCAGUGAGUCCACUCCGUACUCUGUGAUGUUUGGUCCUGAUAAGUGCGGCACCAGCCACCGCAUCCAUCUCAUCGUCAGGGUAACGGACUCUAGCAACGGCCGUAACCGGGAGAUACACGCCCCCCAACCCGCCGAUGACCUGACGGUGUACUUCACCGACCGACAACCACACCUCUACACACUACAAUUGUAUCAAGACAGCAGGUAUGAGAUUUUCAUUGACCAAUCGCUGAUCAGUCAAGGCCGCCUGCUGACAGGCGAAGUCCAGUACAGAGAAUCCCCUGACAGCCAACCAGAGUCCCCGGGGUCUGGGUUAGGGGCGGGCUCAGUCGCGGCGCUGGGUCUGGAACUGUGGUCAUUGUCAGGGGAAGUUAUGUUUGACAAUUUCCUGUUGACUGAUGACCUGAAGCUGGCUGAGAGAUGGACACAGGACACCUGGGGGCGGAAACAACCCGGCCGGUUGGAGCGACUCCUGAUAGCAACUAACUCUCGUCCCUGGCUCUGGGGUGUCUACAUCUUCACGGUGGGAUUACCCAUCAUCCUCUUUAUCAGCUACAUGUGGCCGGACAAGAGAUUCGGGCCCCCUGACCAGGACUACUACUAUAAGAAGUCUGAUGAACCUCAACCAGAGAGAGACCUGCCAGACAGACAACCAGAGAGAGACCUGCCAGACAGACAACCAGAGAGAGACCAGCCAGAAAGACCAACCAGCCUCUCAGACUAUGGUGCGGUGAGCAGAGAGGGGGCCAGGAGGAGAGAAACUCAGAAGGUUCAGAGGAAGUCAGACCUGGAAGUUGAGAAUGAGUGACAGGGCCUGGCCAGCCUGAGGACUAACCAGCCCUAACCAGCCUGAGGACUAAUCGACCCUAACCAGCUUGAGGACUAACCAGCCCUAACCAGCCUGAGGACUAACCAGCCCUAACCAGCCUGACGACUAACCGACCCUAACCAGCCUGAGGACUAACCGACCCUAACCAACCUGAGGACUAACCGACCCUAACCAACCUGAGGACUAACCGACCCUAACCAGCCUGAGGACUAACCGACCCUAACCAACCUGAGGACUAACCAACCCUAACUAGCCUGAGGACUAACCAACCCUAACCAGCCUGAGGACUAACCAACCCUAACCAGCCUGAGGACUAACCAACCCUAACCAGCCUGAGGACUAACCGACCCUAACCAGCCUGAGGACUAACCGACCCUAACCAGCCUGAGGACUAACCGACCCUAACCAGCCUGAGGACUAACCGACCCUAACCAGCCUGAGGACUAACCGACCCUAACCAGCCUGAGGACUAACCGACCCUAACCAGCCUGAGGACUAACCGACCCUAACCAACCUGAGGACUAACCAACCCUAACCAGCCUGAGGACGAACCGACCCUAACCAGCCUGAGGACUAACCGACCCUAACCAGCCUGAGGACUAACCGACCCUAACCAGCCUGAGGACUAACCGACCCUAACCAGCCUGAGGACUAACCGACCCUAACCAGCCUGAGGACUAACCAACCCUAACCAGCCUGAGGACUAACCGACCCUAACCAGCCUGAGGACUAACCGACCCUAACCAGCCUGAGGACUAACCGACCCUAACCAGCCUGAGGACUAACCGACCCUAACCAACCUGAGGACUAACCGACCCUAACCAACCUGAGGACUAACCAACCCUAACCAGCCUGAGGACUAACCGACCCUAACCAACCUGAGGACUAACCAACCCUAACCAGCCUGAGGACUAACCGACCCUAACCAACCUGAGGACUAACCAACCCUAACCAGCCUGAGGACUAACUAGAGCUGUGGCGGUCACGAAAUUUAAUCAGCCAGUGAUUGUCAAGACAAUAACUGUCGUUCUCACGUUAUUGCCACCGAUGCAGACCUUUGGAACAUCUACAUGUUAAGAAGUCUAAUAAAUCCAUGUAAUAUAACCUACACCACAAUAAAUCCAUCAUUUAUUUUAGACAGCUCUAAAGAAUCAUGAUAUGAAGAAAAUGUAGUCUAUUUCAGAAGAACAGAAUAGCAUACUCUUAGUUGUCAUUAU